UCUAAAGAUUCGAUGUGAUGGGAAAUCUGAAAAGUUUUGCAAAAUUUUUGGAGAACUAAACAAGGCCUAAGCUGAUUCAAGCCCAUCCGCCCCAAUCCUCGCCAUCAGCCCCAUCAGCCUUCAGCCAGCCUCAAUCAAGCAGACAGUAGCCACGCCCAGCUUCGGCUGCGACUGAAGGACUGCACCGAGGCCAGAUCCCGCCGUCUCAAACCUUGCAACUGAUAGCCAGCAGGCGCAGUAGUUCCGGUCCAACGUAGUACUUCCAGUUCCAUCCAGCCAUCGCUCAACAGUACUCCUCUUGCUUUACACCCCACAAGACCACAAGAGACCAAGGAACUGAAGGACACAGAGCACUCUCCUGUUCCCGCUAAAAAUCAAGCUUAAUAAGAUACAGAACCUGCAAUGGCUGUGGUAUUGGAUGCUUUUGCAUCCUAUCUGCAAGAUAUGCUGGUGGAGAUGGUUAAAGAAGAGGUCCAUCUGCUCUUGGGUGUUCCCGAUGAGAUAGAAACGAUGCGCAUCAAGCUCGGGGACCUCAAGAGGUUCCUUGCUGAUGCUGACAAGAGGAACAUUAGAGACGAGACUGUGCAGUCAUGGGUCAGAGAGCUUAGAAAUGCCAUGUAUGAUGCCACCAAUAUCCUUGAUUUGUGCCAGCUCAAUGCCAUGGAACAGGGUACUACCAAGGAUAUGGGUUGCUUCAAUCCCUUGCUCUUUUGUAUAAGGAACCCUCUCCAUGCUCAUGACAUUGGUAAUCGCAUCAAAAGCCUUAAUAAGAGGCUAGAUGACAUUGAGAAGCGUAGCAAAGCCUUCAACUUCAACCUUGCAUCUUAUGAGGACAACACGAGAAUGGUAGAAUCCUCCCUUCGUGCUAGGCGGGAGACGACGGGGGAGGAUGAGUUAGAUGUGGUUGGUGAGAAGAUUGAGGAGGACACUAGAAGUCUUGUGGAUUUGCUCAUAAAGAAGGAGAAAAAUGUACAUGAACACAAAAAUGUUAUGGUUUAUGCUAUUGUGGGAGUUGGAGGGAUUGGCAAAACCACCCUUGCCAAGAAGAUCUUUAAUUAUGACUUCAUCAAACAAGAGUAUGAAAAGAGAAUAUGGUUGAGUGUCAAUAAAGAAUUUAAUGACAUUGAUAUAUUAGAGAGAGCUAUCACUGAAGCACAAGGAGACCAUCAAGCACCUAGAAACACAAAGGCCGCACUAGUGCGAACCCUUAAGGAAGCCUUGAAGGGGUGCAAGACCUUGUUGGUGAUGGAUGAUGUUUGGGACCCCCAUGUAUGGGAGAAGGUGCUCGAGCCUCCAUUGAUAAACUCACUUGCUAGAGGAAGCUGCGUUCUUGUAACAACGAGACAUGACAUGGUUGCUCGAGGCAUGAUGGCGGAGGUGCCCUACCACCAUGUCAAGAAAUUAGAGCAUGAAGAUGCCUGGUCUUUGCUAAAGAAGCAGGUGAUCGGGAAUGGAAAUAAUGAUGAAAAAAAUGUUGACAGACUUAAGGAGAUUGGAAUGGAAAUUAUAGCAAAAUGUGAUGGUUUGCCACUUGCUGUUAAAGUAAUGGGAGGCCUCCUACGCCAGAAAAAUACGAGACAAAGGGACUGGGAAAAAAUCCUAAAUGAUUCUAUAUGGUCAGUGUCCCAAAUGCCUGAAGAGCUAAACUAUGCAGUAUACCUUAGCUACCAAGAUUUAAAUCCAAAUUUGAAGUCUUGCUUUCUGCACUAUGCCCUCCUCACCCAGAACACAGUGUUCUAUGAUGACAACAUUGUUGCCAUGUGGAUUAGUGAAGGAUUUGUUCAUGGAAACAGCACAUGUGAUUUAGAAGCACUAGGAAAAGACUACUAUGGUGAGUUAAUAGCUAGGAACCUUAUAGAGCCGGAUCAAUUGUACUUGGACCAGGCAGUCUGCAAUAUGCAUGAUGUUGUUCGCUCAUUUGCUCAAUAUGUAUCUAGAGAUGAAGCACUGGUAGCUCAGAAAAUUGAAGUUGGCCUAACCAAUAAACUUAAUUCGCAAAAUGUUACUCGGUUAUCACUGGAAUGCAAAGAAUCAGAAUCAAAUGAGCUAGAAUGGAGUUCUCUACAAGCAAAUAGAUCACUGCGAACAUUGAUUUUAGUUGGGAAGAUGAAGAUCAACCGAGGUGAUUCGUUGUUGUCUUUUCCAUGUUUGCGGACCCUACAUAUAGAAGAUGGAAAUUUUGAUGCUUUGUCUAAAUCUUUGGUCCAACUCAAACACUUGAGGUAUUUGUCCAUAAGACGCACUGACACAUCUAGGCUGCCAAAAAGAAUUGCCAUGAUGAAAUUCUUGCAGUGCAUUAAUAUUUCUUACUGUAAAAGUUUGGUGAAGCUUCCACGUGACAUUGGAGAGUUACGGCAGCUGAGGUAUUUAAGCCUUGUUGACUCAGGAAUAAAUAGUGUACCGAAGAGUUUCGGUGGUCUAACUAAUUUGAGGUUAUUGUUGGGGUUUCCAGCCCAUGUGGAGGGUGACUGGUGCAGUUUGGAAGAACUAGGACCCCUUAACAAGCUCAUGCGUCUUGAUAUAGAUGGUCUGGAGAAUGUAUCCUCUUCCGCAUUUGCUAUAAAGGCCAGGCUUCGUGAAAAGGUGCGCCUCAGCUAUCUGGUCUUAAAGGGCACCAGUACACGUCGAGGUGCUCACAGUCACAGGUUGGUAAAAGAGGAAGAGCAGCAACAAAUCCAGAAGGUGUUUGAUGAGCUCUGCCCUCCACCCUGCUUAGAAACUCUGUGUAUUGAAGAGUACUUUAGCCAACAACUUCCAAAGUGGAUGAUGCCUACAGAAAUUUCGUCCCUUGGAAGCUUGAGGAAUCUAUGGAUGGAAGACUUGCCUUAUUGCACGGAUCUACCUGAUGGCUUGUGGCAGCUCCCCAGCUUGGAGUUCCUACAAAUUAGAAGCGCCCCAGGCAUCAAGCGUGUUGGGCCAGAGUUCGUACUACCACACCAUCAUGAGCACCCAAGCCCUAUGGAAAACGUUGGUUCUGAUUUGGAAAUUGAGGUGGAUGAAUGUUCUGGCCUCGAGAGGAUCAGCAAUCUGCCAAAUUUGCAGAGCCUCGUGAUCUUUAGAUGCCCAGGGUUGAAGGUACUAGAGGGUUUGCCUGCACUUCAGAGACUCGGGCUGGAGGACUACGACAUGGAAACACUCCCGGGAUACGUGCGGAACGUAAACCCAAGGGAUUUGCAUCUAGACUGCGACAUCUCACUGCUAGCUUCCAUAGCUAAAGGGAAAUCUAGCCCCGAGUGGGACAAGUUCAGCCAUAUCAAGCAUGUGAAGGCAUAUGCAGAUGACGACGACAACAACAUUGAAAGGAAGUGGUACGUCAAGUACACGAGAGAUCCUUUCAGCUUUAAGACAAACAUCAGCCUCCCUGCUGACGCCUCAGGGGAUGAAACGGAGGAAGUGUUGUUGGACGAAGUGGAGGAAACUUCAAGGAAUGAAAUCGUAGAAGAACAUGUCAAUGUGGAACAACUGAGGGAGUAAUCGAUCGAGUGGAGUGUCCGUCUGUGACCUAUAUGGACAGAAGGAUCCUUGGAGUGGCCAUCACCUUGACUGAAGAAGUAUCAAUGCAGACUUUGUGUUGCGAUUUUGUUCGCUACUGUUAGACUACAUUUCAUUUUGAGGCGGUCAGAUAUUCGACAUUGCAAAUAAAAAGAGACUGGAAUGUCAUGUGAACUUGUUCCUUAAUUUUUCUUCAGUGAUUUGUGUGCGCAUUACUGUUCUAUUCUGAUGCAGUUUACCAGUUGUGAACUGAGAGGCCUGUAUGUAUGUAAGUUGACUAGUUACAGAACAAACUAAUGUUAUGGUACAGCUUCAUUAAGAAGCUUGCUGAUUCAUGGUGAUAUAUCUAUAA